AUGCUUUCAGAGGACGACAUCUAUCGCGGCAAGGUGCCCUCUGCCCUACCUAUCAUUGCGGAGUCGGUAGCACCUGCAUCAUCUACUUCAUCAUUAACAUCAUCCGGGUCCUUCAUCGCGGGUCGCUUGGGAGCUCUUGCCGCUGUAUUAGAAAAUGCAAUCACCCGUUGGGCUCGAAGGAGAAGUUCAUCAGCUUCAACUUCAUCAUCAUCCCCUAGUUCUACAUCUUUCCGCUCUUCUAUCUACACGCCUUCUCGCCAUCGCCAUAGUCGGCGGCGCAAGAGACCAACAAGCUUCGCUAACAUGCGUUCCACACAUUCCGAACGUGAGGUAGCUGCUCGUCUUAGGGUCAGACAGGAAAUUAGAUGUGUUGAUAGAGGGUAUACCCUAUACCUGCCACCCGGUUUGAAUCCCGAGAUCACCAUGACCCGGUUGUCGGAAUCUUUGGAUCGACCUCAGCAGUCUGUCUCUCUAUCUGAUGUCCUCAACCGUUUGGAGGCUGCGUUGAAGAAGGCAUCAAGGGCAAAAAAGGGCAAAGGGAAACAACGUCAAUUCAGCCUUGGCACACCUCCGCUUUUCCCGCAUCAUGAUUAUAUGUCUAAUGGUGUGCUCUCGCGACCUGCGUCUUUCGGUGAUCUCUCCUCCGCCUUGCUGUCUUCCGUCCAAGGGAAACAGAAAGAAUUCUCUUCAGGGAAUCGUACGCCCAACGAAUCGGCUCCCAGAGGCUCGCUCGAGCUCAAUCGAGCUCCCAAAGCCUGGUGGCUUGACGUCGCCAGUCCCACUUGGGACGACUUACAAGCAAUUGGCAAGCUCCUACAUAUUCAUCCUCUCACACUUGAGGAUAUUCUUCAACAAGAUCCGCGCGAAAAAAUGGAGCUCUUUUCAAGACUGGGUUAUUAUUUUAUCUCGUUUAGAACUAUACAGAAUGCAACUGUCACGCAGCCGGGUAAUGAUGUUUACAAGGCUGACGACGGUGCUUUAAGAGAGGCUAACAUAUACGUGGUGGUAUUCAAGGAAGGUAUUUGCACGUUUUAUUUCACAGAUGUCUCAGAACACAUCGAGAAAGUCAGGAAUAGACUUCAACUUCUCCAGGACUCCUUUAAUAUGUCAUCAGACUGGAUUGCUCAUGGCAUAUUGGACUCUGUUGUGGAUUCAUUCUUUCCAUUCCUCAAGGAGAUCGAGCAACAAGUUCUAGCUGUAGAAGCUCUCGUAUUUUCGAGCAACGACGUCUCUCACACUUCGUCGACAAACACUCUUGUUGAUCUCAUUCAUAUACCUGCGGAUGACCAAUGUGAUUCCGACAUCGAAAAACUGCCAGAUAUCCCUUCGAAAGAAAUGGGAGAAACACCUCCCAGAUACUUUCCUCGAUUCACCCAGCCACUAUUCUUCCGACGUUUAAAGUGCAGCCUUCAAAAUCUGCGGAAUACUUUUGCGACGACCCAUAAGGUCAGAACACAAGCGACGACAACAAACACAUUACUGCGCAUGGCCAGGGCGAGAAGACUUGUUACUUCCUUGACCCGUCUUCUUGCUACAAAGUCGGAGGUCAUAUCGCAAAUUCGCAAACGCUUUCUGAUUGGUGGACGACAAACAACAUCCCCUCAGGGGAACGACGACCUUGAAAUCGCAAUGUACAUGGGGGAUGUUCAAGAUCAUAUAUUGACUUUGCAGCAAUCCCUUCACCACUAUGAGCACAUGCUCAGCGAUUCUCACCCUGCAUAUCUGACUCAGCUACAAACUCGUCUCGCUAUGAACAAAGGAUACACUGACAAGGCCAUUUUGGUGUUGUCUCUCAUUAGUAUUGGGAUUUUGUGCCUUCAAUUUCCGAUCGGGUUAUUUUCACAAAACAUCAAGAUUCCGAAGAAUAGCGUUCAUCCUCCGGGCCCUUACAAUUAUUUCGUCAUGGUCAUACUUUUUUCGCUUAGCAUUGGGACUGUUUUUCUCGCUACCGUGUGGCGCUGGUGGAAUCAAGCGAAACGUACCCGAUCAAGGCUUUCAUAG